AUGGCUCGUGAAUUGUCCCCAGAAGAAAUUCAAGUCUUCAAAGACCUCUUUGAUUCAUACGAUCCCGACAAAGAUGGCAGCAUCACAGUCGAAGAGUUCGCCAAAGUGAUGUCCUCGGCUCCAGGAAAGCAACCCACUCAAGCAGAAGUAGAGCAGAUCAUCAAGGAAGUUGAUCUUGAUGGUGACGGAACCAUUAACUUCAACGAAUUCAUCACCAUGAUGACGGGACAACCUUACCCUCCCAAGGACGAGGAAGAUGCCGAAUAUUCCAAAGCAUGGAAGGAAUAUGAGCCGUCUCUAAACGGUUCGAUUACUGCAAGCCAGUUCCGGCAACUCAUGAACGGACUGGGAGACCCGGUCACUGAUGUCGAGGUUGAGCAGCUGCUCAACAAUGUUGAUGGCGAAGGGAAACUGUCCUACAAGGAUUAUGUUCAUUUCAUGAAGAACAGGAACAUCGAAGACGAUAUCGUGAGCGGAUACCAAUGA